AUGCGCAAGGCGAACCGCAAGAAAUUGAAGGCAAAGGCGAAGAAGGAAUGGAACCCGGCCACCUAUUUUAUUGUCAUGUUCCUGUUCAUCGGAUCCAUGUCGAUCCAAAUGAUUGCACUGCGGAAUCAGACAGAGCGAUACAUGCGACAGUCGGCGCUAAGAAUUGCCCAGCUUCGAGAAGUGGUUCGGCGCAUACAGAAUGGAGAGGAUGUAGAUGUAGAAAAGGUUCUGGGAACUGGAGAUGCUCAGAAGGAAACGGAGUGGGAAGAGGUGCUGCAAGCCAUUGAGCGCGACGAAGCAUCCCGGGGCCUUGAGAAACAGCCCAAGCAGGAACAGACAGGAGCUCAGGCGAAGACGACAAGCCAGCCGGAAAGCAGCGCUCAGCAGGUACAACCGGAAGCCCCUGUGAAGACGAAGACGGCUAGUUUCGGAAACUUCUUCUGA